AUGAGCGUCCUACUGGAAACUACCAUUGGCGACCUUGUAGUAGACCUGGACUACAAGACAUGCAGCGCCGAGAGCUACAACUUCCUCAAACUCUGCAAAACUCGCUUCUACGACUGUCAGUGCAUCUACGACCUCCAUCCUGAAGGCUCAGCACGCCUCGGCGAUCCACAGGUGGGCUUUGCAUUCCGCACGGAUUUGCCUGUACACAAUACCUCGAUCGAAGGCCUGCGCGACACACGGGCGGUCACCCCGAAGCUCAUUGAAGCCUCCGUUGCCGCUCAACCCGCAGAGCGCUUCGGACAGGUCGCCUUUGUGCUCAAGCCCGGCACUCGCCUGCUGGGAUCCAACAUACUGCUCGCGCUUAAUCCCGAACCUCGGCCCCACAUCAACACAGUGCGCUUCGCGCAGGUCAUCGACGAGUCGCUGGCAGUUCUGCAGCAGCUCAGCGAUGUUCCGCGCGACUUGCAUCACCUCCCACGCACCGACAUCCGCAUCCGCCGCGCGCACAUCCUCUACGACCCGUUCCCGGACAACCGCCCUCUACCUGUGUUUCUGCCUCCCGUCACUGCCGCGCGCGUCAGACUGCCGAGCGCCGACAAAGGCAGCCCGGAAACUCUGACGGGGGCGAAAGAGCUCACCCUCGAGAUACUAGGCGACAUCCGCAGAGCGGGGAUCGCCCCGGCGGAGAACGUGCUUUUCGUGUGUAAGCUUAACCCGCUCACUCGCGCUGCGGACUUGGCGACGGUGUUUGCGCAGUUUGGUCAUGUCAACUCAGUUGAAAUCAUACGUGACCGAGACUCUGGACGCUCGCUGGGCUACGGCUUUGUCGAGUUUGCCACCAAGGCCGCGUGCGAACUUGCGUACACCAAGAUGGAUGGCGCACUCAUAGACGACCGCCGCGUGCAUGUAGACUUCAGCCAGAGCCUUAAAUAA